CUUGUCUCAAAGUUCGUGAGAAUUAGCGAUAAUUUGGCAAAAUUAGUUUGAAUUGUUGCAAAAAAAUCCGAGCAAUUCCAAAAUCGUCAUCCUGCUGAUUUGCUAUCUUGAAGUUGAAGAAAUCUUGUGUCAUUCGACAUUGAUCAUGGAUGCCGGUGAUCAUGAUACAUCCAUAGAUCAUGAUUUUUUUCUCCAAGGACUCACAGGGGACUACGGCCCCUUUGAUACUAGUGCUGCAGGUGAUGAUGGACCCGACGGUGAACCUCCGGUUGGUUCACAUCCAGAUCCAGGUGAUGCAGCAGGAGUGCCAUCGUCAGGCUCUACAAGUGCGCACACAUUAGCAAGCAGCGGGUCUAAAAGAUCAAGAGCCGGUACUUCCGAAGUUUGGCAAGACUUUGAAAGGAUCUACAAAGAGGAAGAUGGGGUAAGUGUCAGGUAUGCUAAGUGUUAUAUUUGUAAAAAUGAAUUAUCUGCAAAGCCCUCGGGUGGAACGGGGCACUUGAAGAGGCACGCCAUAAGUUGCAAGCGAAAGAGUGGAGCAGCCAUGAAGCAGACGGUGUUGCAGUACAACCCCGACGGCUCUGUUCAUCAUUGGGAGUACGACUCUGCCAAUGCUCGAAAAGAGCUAUGUCGCUUCAUUGCAAGAGCGGAUCUACCACUCAAUAUCGGUUCUUCAUCAAGAAGUUCAGACUCUUCGUCACGAUCGUCUACGGGCACCGGAAUUCCAACAUCCGGAGGGGAGCUAACUACCUUCAUCGACAGUGACGUUAUCAGCCACGAACAAGAAAACUUCAACAUACUGCAAUGUUUCUUCUGAGGCUGCCUUCAGUCUUACAGGAAGGAUAAUCGAAGAGAGAAGAACAAAUCUGUCAAGUGAGAUGGUUGAAAUACUCACCAUAGUAAAGGAUUGGGAACAAGCUGAAGCACAAAUGCAACACACUGCAGAAAAUACUGAGCUUGAAGAAUCAUUCCAAAAUUUGUAUCUAGAUGCUGAUGAGAACGUGUAAUUUUAAAUUUUCUGAGCUAUGUUGUACUCUUUUUUCCUUUGCUAGAAAGGUUUUUAAUGAGGCAACCUAUCAAUAAAGCUCAUUUUUAGAAUUAAUCAUGUGCCCCUAUUAUUUCUAAGUUUUUUUAUUCAUGUUUUUUGUUUAUUUUUUUAAAAUACCCCCCGCGGCCCCACCCCCACCUACCUCUCCUCUCAUCCCUAUAAAUACCAUCUACUCCAUCUCAAACUCCACCCUGCCCACCCAUCUCUCUUUUCCUAUUUGCUAGCCAAGUAGCCAGUAUUCACUUCACAUCAAGAAACUAAUUCCAUAUUUCAAUUCAU